CGCGGCGCGCCUUACUUUGUGUCAUCCACACGAAUAGUCCAUUCAUCACUCAUUACCCUGGCUACUUACUCAGCCCGCGUCUCACUUAUGCCUGGCUCUCGCAAACUCAAAUGUACCAGUUGCCGAAUGCGGCAUAAGGCUUGUACACCAGGGAGUCACGCCAACAUUUGCUCAGAGUGCGGGGGACUUCGAUAUGCGUGUUCAUUAGCGGCCACCGCAUCGGCCAUUGGAACAUCACACCAUCAAUCAAGUUCGAUUGAUAUCCCCCAAGCAGUAGCAUUCGAUGGGGUGUUGACCGGAAGCUCGCCAAUUCUAAGCAAUGAAGUCCAAGCUACGCCAACCGUACCCAACUUCGCAGCCUCCCUUGGGGUCUUUGCUCCUACGUUCCCCAUCGAGUUGCAGAAUCAGUCUGGCGCUCCUGAUCUUGCUAGCGUUUCUGCGCAAAGCCGCUCGACCGAACGCCCCGACUAUGUAGGAGGCGUUCCCACCCUUCCUAACCCUCAACCGUUCGAAGAAUCCUUAGCGGAUUUCCUGCGAUUCAGCCGUUACGUCCUCUUACGUUUCCCAGGCUCGUAUCAGAUCGUCCUUGAGCGGGACAAUUCCAGAGGCGAUGAAAGGGACCCCCAGCUAUGAUACACCAGUGGAUAUCUGUGACUCACAGUCCGCUGUAGAUACUAAAGCGCGUGUUUGGCAUGCUUCGCGCACUGCAUGCGAUGCUUAUGUUCACGAAUCAAUUAUGGUUCAAAGGGAGG